UCUCGGUUUUUGUUAUACCUUUCUCCAUUAUUUACUAGUUUCAUUGGGAGUAUCGUACCAGGUCCUGUGCAUGAUGGAGUUCAAAGGGGUGCUGAUUCCAGAAUUGAAAUGCAAAUAUCUAACACUAGAGUUGCAUCUCAAAAAGUUUAAUCUGUAUGGAGUAGCUGGCCUUUUGCGAGCGUCAUCUCAUGUUGAGAUACUCAACAUAGACACGGCAAAUACUGCUGCAGAUAAUUCCCUAUGCCACUUUGAGUUAAGUUAUUUGGCCAAAGGAGAUAAUAUUGAUUUCGAGAGUUGGAUACCUAUCUUUGUGUUUCCCAACCUGAAGAAAGUUAAGCUUGUCAUCUCCUUCAAUGAGUUUCUGAUGGUUCGUGGCGACUGGGGCAUGUGUUUGAAGGAUCAUUGCAAGUGGGGCUUUGAUAAGCUUUUCAGACUUUCAGAAUUUUUAUUAAGGGCUGCAACGGUUUUGGAGAAGUUCAUUAUCAUAUCAAAGACAGUAAAGUGCAAGGCAUGUUCAACGGACUGUAUUUCCCCAUUUUUAUCUAGAUUGUCCGAGAAACUAUGAGGUUGCCCAAGAUCCUCCGCUAAUUCUGUGAUUAUCUUCCAGGAGUUAGCCUUCCAUCACUAGAUAACAAGGAGUUUAUGGUCUCACGAUAAGAGGAAUGUUGGCUUACAUUGUGUUUUUGAUAAACUACUCGUGUAAUCAUGAAUCUUUAACUUCUCUUUAUGACUAAUUACUAGAAGUAUUAAUCUUUUGAACUUAUGGUCUACCAAAUGUUAUGGCAGCCUCGUUUCUCAUGAAGGUUUUGU